AUGCGCUGUGAUUUACGUUUUACAGAACCCUCCUGUCAUGGAACUCCAGGAGGACAUGGAAUCUCAGGAUAUUUUGGACCACCCGGACCCUAUGGGAAUCGAUGGCCACACCAGCCCGUCGGCUCUUUUGGACCCUUUCCGUGGAACCGACAGGGUCUCGGGGAUGCUCACGUAGGUCUGGGAGAAGAUCGAGGGACAGGUCCAGGGGAAAAUCAAGAGGAAGAUCUAGGGACAGAUCUAGAGGAAAAUCAAGAGGAAGAUCCAGGGGAAGAUCCAGGGGAAGAUCGAGGGACAGGUCCAGGGGAAAAUCAAGAGGAAGAUCCAGGGGAAGAUCGAGGGACAGGUCCAGAGAAAAAUCAAGAGGAAGAUCGAGGGACAGGUCCAGAGGAAAAUCAAGAGGAAGAUCGAGGGACAGGUCCAGAGGAAUGUCAAGAGAUGGUUCUAGGGGAAGAUCGAGGCAUAAAUCUCGAGAUGCAUCCUGUGUAA